UCCAGGUCAGGGGAGUCGUAGGUUAGUACAGAUUCUGAUCCUUUCCUCAGCAUGGGAAGCAGUAAUGAUCUCGUCACCGCCCGAAGACUUGGAUGUUUGCUGGUUUCACUGCUGACCUUGCAGGGUCUGUGCUUUACCGUCACUUAUCUGCACUUUAGCCACAAGUUGAAACAGAUUGAGGAGAUAUUCUCCAAGAACAACAUGCACUGCCUGACGGGGGACAUCCUGAAUCCUCCCCCUGACUCCAUGGAGGAUGAGGAUCUCGACAGCGGUCAGAGCAGGGAGCAGGCAGAGAGCAGCGAAGAGCUGUGCUGGAGAUUCCGAGGGCAGAUCCAACAACUGAUGCAAGAAACUAUAUCCAAACAGUAUGAACAGGACAUGUCUCUCAUUGUGAAAGGUGAGGUCUCUCGGUUCCUUCCAUAUCUGAGCCAGUCGGGUUCUGGAUCGCAACCUCCUGCACAGAAAAUUGCAGCUCAUCUAAUAGGGAGUCACAGGACAAAGGCAGUCUCUCUAAAAGGAACGUCAUCAAGGAAACUCCAGGGGCAGAAGAUACAGGCUUGGGAGCCCAGCAAAGGGCUGGCAUUCCUGCACAACGUGAAGUACACAAACGGAGAGCUGAUUGUCCCACAGACCGGUCUCUAUUACGUCUACGGCCAGACCUACUUCCGUCACCGGGAUAUGGCAUUCGAGGAAGGUUCCAGUACGGGUGACUUGCUAUCGGAUGCCAGGAAUAAGCAGAUGGCCCAGUACAUCUACAAGACCACCGCCUAUCCUGAGCCCAUCCUCCUCAUGAAGCACACCAGGACUACCUGCUGGGCUAGGAACGCGGAGUACGGGUUGCACUCCAUCUACCAGGGCGGGAUCUUCGAGCUGAGAUACCAAGACAGGAUAUUCGUGACGGUCAGCAACAUCAGUCUGAUCGACAUGGCUGGAGGCUCCAGUUUCUUUGGAGCCUUUCUUGUCAGCUAAUUGGCAGGGCACUGGGGAGGAACGUGACUUUGUCUCGCAAGUCUUGUUGCCUUUUGUAUUUGAUUCCUCACAUUUGAUAUCAGCUGUUUAUCUCCUUGUUAAGUACAUCUAAUGAUACGGUCUCCACCACUCUCAGGAACAGAGAAUUCCAGAGGUUCACCGCCCCCAGAGAGAUCAAGCUUCUACAAACUGACCAGCCUCUUUUGUAGCAGUGUCCCCUUGUUCGUAACUCUCCCACUAAUGGGAGCAUCUCAAAAUCUACCCUGUGUAGGAUAUUAAGUUCCUGUAGGAUAUUAUAUGUUUGAAUAAGGUCACACUCAGUCUCUUAAACUCAGACUAAACUCUGAAUACAGACCUAGACUGUCUAGACUCUCCUGACAGGACAACCCUCUCGUCUCAGGGAUUACCCUGGUGAAUCUUCUUUGGACUUUCUGCCAGUGUUACUUUAUCCCCUUUUCGGGCAAAGGGACCACGACGGUGCUCAGUAUUCCAGGUGCAGCCUCACCCACACCCUGUACAAAGGGAACACAACCUCCCCAUUCUUAAACUCCAGCCCCUUUAGCAAUGAAGACCAAAAUGCCACGCCUUCAAUUACCCACCCCAGCAUCCCUCACCUGACAUGUCAGUAAAUCUCAUUUGUUGUCGGUAAGUUCUCCAAGAGGCCAUAUGGGUGGAGCUGAGGAACAGGAAAGGUGUGGCCACGCUAAUAGGGUUGUGUUAUAGACCACCCAAUAGUCAGAGAGAAUUGGAGGAACAAAUCCGUAGUGAGAUAGCAGACAGAUGUAAGAAACAGAAAGUUGUGGUAGUAGGGGAUUUUAACUUUCCACAUAUUGACUGGGACUCCCACACUGUGAAGGGCUGGAUGGCUUGGAAUUUGUCAGAUGUGUUCAGGAAAGUUUUCUAAAUCAAUAUGUGGAGGUACCAGUGAGAGAGGAUGCAAUACUUGAUCUCCUAUUAGGGAAGCAGACAGGUCAGGUGACAGAAGUAUGUGUAGGUGAGGAUUUUGGGUCAAGUGACCACAAGAUCACAAGACAAGGGAGCAGAAGCAGGCCAUUCGGCCUAUCGAGUCUGCUCCAAGGAAAAGGGAAAAAAUGAGAAAUGGGGGAGGAAGAAGAAGAAGAAAAGAAAACUAUUCUAAUCCCAAUUUCCGGCCUUAUCCCCAUAUCCCUUGAUACCCCAACUAUUUAGAUAUCUAUCUAUCUCUUCCUUAAACGCCCCCAAUGAUCUGGCCUCCACUGCUGUACCUGGCAGGAAUUCCACAAUUUAACCAACCUCUGGCUAAAACUGUCAUUAGUUUCAAGUUAAUUAUGGAUAAGGACAGGUCUGGUCCUCAAGUUGAGGUUCUAAAUUGGAGAAAGGCCAAUUUUGUGGAAAUGAGAAAGGAUCUAGGAAGAGUGGAUCGGGAUGAGUUGUUUUCUGGCAAGGAUGUGCUCAGUAAGUGGAAGGCCUUCAAAGGUGAAAUUUUGAGAGUACAGAGUUUGCAUGUUCCUACCAGGAUUAGAGGCAAAGUUAAAAAGCAUAGGGAACCUUGGUUUUCAAGGGAUAUUGGCGAUCUGCUUUAUAGCAGGUAUACACCUGUGACCUGUUGUCUAUAUCAAUGAUCUAGAUGAUAAUGUAGUAAAUUGGCUCAGCAAGUUUGCUGAUGACACUAAGAUUGGAGGCGUAGUGGACAGUGAGGAAGGCUUUCAAAGCUUGCAGAGGGAUCUGAACCAAAUGGAGGAAUGGGCCAGAAAAUGGCAGAUAGAAUUUAAUGCAGACAAGUGUGAGGUGUUGCAUUUUGGAAGGACAAAUCAAGGGAGGACAUACACAGUAAAUGGUAGGGCACUGAGGAGUGCAGAGGAACAAAGGGAUCUGGGAGUUCAGAUACAUAGUUCCCUGAAAGUGGCGUCACAGGUAGACAGGGUUGUAAAAAGGGCUUUUGGCAUCCUGGCAUUCAUAAAUCAAAGUAUUGAGUACAGGAGUUGGGAUGUUAUGGUGAGGUUGUAUAGGACAUUGGUGAGGCCAAAUAUAGGAAGGAUGUCAGUAAGAUUGAAAGAGUGCAGAGGAGAUUUACUAGAAUGUUGCUGGGUCUUCAGGAGUUGAGUUACAGGGAAAGAUUGGACAGAUUAGGACUUUAUUCCUUGGAGCGCAGAAGAAUGAGGGGAGAUUUGAUAGAGGUUUACAAAAUUAUGAGGGGUAUAGACGGAGUUAAUGCGAAUAGGCUCUUUCCACCUAGAUUAGGUGAGAUGAGUACGAGAGGACAUGGCUUCAGGGUGAAAGGGGAAAGGAUUAGGGGGAACUUCUUCACUCAAAGAGUGGUGGGAGUAUGGAACAGGCUGCCAUCUGAUGUAGUAAAUGCGGGCUCACUCUUGAGUUUUAAGAAUAAAUUGGAUAGAUACAUGGACAGGAGAGGUCUGGAGGGUUAUGGACUGGGUGCAGGUAAAUGGGACUAGCAGAAUAACAUUUCGGCACAGACUAGAAGAGCCAAAUGGCUUGUUUUUCUGUGCUGUAGUGUUCUGUGGUUCUAUGUUAGCAUGUUUAACUGCUGGCGUGGUUUGGCAGAGAUGUUGGAAGUGCAAUUUACUCUGGACAGGUUUGGCCACCACCAGAGGUUAUUUAAUGAGUGCUUGUCCCUAUCUGUGAGAUACAUGUGGCGGGAGAGGGACAUAAGAUAUUCCCACCUUCCCAUUCUCCGUCCUGAUAGUGGGCUUCUGACAGCCAAUGGCCCCAAUGGCCCACAACAUUCAAGUCACUCAAAGGCUGCUUUCAUGUUUGUUUCACACAUAAAGAGUUGAAGGGAAGUGGCCCAAAGCCUCCAACCAGGAGAGUCGCCCAUUGUGAUGGCAGGAAUGAAUAGCCGUCUCUGAACAAGACUGAUGGUACUCAGUGCCGAUAUGGCAGGGCAGAUGAGGUCAACUCACACAUCUGUCAGUAUGCAAGUGAAUUGACUCAUGUAAAACAGAAAUUGAGCCAACAUAUCUUGUACAUGAAUGUAUGUAUAAGAAAGUUUUUUUUUAAUACUGAAUGGACAAUGCAUCUCUUUGAUUCUGGGCAGGUACUUCUGCUUUCAGAAUUAGAAACAGGCAGGCACGGUAGUGUAGCGGUUAGCGUAACGCAUUACAGCGCCAGCGACCCGGGUUCAAUUCCCUCCGCCGCUUGUUUGUAUGUUCUCCCCGUGUCUGCGUGGGUUUCCUCCGGGUGCUCCGGUUUCCUCCCACAUUCCAAAGACGUACGGGUUAGGAAGUUGUGGACAUGCUCUGUUGCCCUCAGAACACUAUGCAAAAAAGAUGUCUUUCAUUUUGGGUUUCGAUGUAAAUGUGAUGAACAAAGAGAUCUAAAUCUUAUCACUGACUUACAUAUCAAGAAAUUUGUACAGUGCAAAAACAUAAACUACCAUAAAUGACGAAAUAAAUCAAUAAUGCAAAAAAAAGGAAUAACGA